UUCCUUGUGAUUGGAUAUUGGUCAGUGGUAUCAUUGAUUAAAAGCUCUCCAAGUACAUCGUGACACUGAGGCUAGUUUUUGCAAGUAUACAGAGUCACUAAAUAAUGUACGAGCCGGUGUCGAUAGGCCACGUGGAAGGCGUCGCGACGCCAGUCGGAGGAAGUACCUCGUACCAAGCGAACACAGUGGACGUCUUCAGGCAUUUAUUAACACAUUGAAAUUUCUUCGAAAAAUUCUCGCUCUUUAUUUCGUAAUGUGAACUUUUACGAUAUUUAGUAUUGAGGUAACACCAACAAUCACGUACCGUAGUCUUCGGUUUUCAAAAUUUGAUUUUUGACUAUUUUUGGAAAAAAUAAAUUUCGACUGAGGGUAACGGUCUGGAGCACUGCUCGGAACCCUGCAAAUGAACCCGACGGCUGUAAGACAGUGGCUGCAGCGUGGCGAACUUGAAAAACUUGAAAAUGUCGUGGUGGAAGGUAGAGGAGCACGUUUGUUAGGCGAACAUUCGCCAGAUUUGCGAACACGAGUAUUCCUGAAAGGACUUCCGAAUUAUUUGACCAAAAUUGCUCAAAUCCACGAUGCAGUCAUACGCGGCUCGCUGUCAGAAAUUCAGCGAAUAAUAUCAGAGGAGCCGAAAAAAAAAUUGGCAAUUGCAAAGGAUCCUUCGGGAACACCUUUGAUCCACAAGGCGGUUUAUUACGAUCAUCAAAACAUCAUCGAAUGGUUGGUCAAAAAUUAUCCUGUGACGACUCAGCAAAAAGAUAAGGAAGGACGUAUAGCCUUGCACUACUGUGCAGCUUGCAGGGAUCCAAGUGCAGUUUGGGACGUUUUGAUAGAAGCUGGAUGUGACGCAAGUAUCUGCGACAAACGUGGAAAUCCGUCAGCCUAUUAUUUGAAAAAUACAUCAGAGAUUGAAUUACCGGAAGCAGAAAGUAUGGCGCAUCGUAAAGCAAGCAGUGGACGAGAAAAAGACUUGGACUUUAAGCCCUCCAAUAUAAGAAUAUGGAUUCAUAACCGUGACAUUGGAAAACUUCAGCAAGUCUUAUGGGAAGGUCACGGCUCGAAAUUACGAUGUGAGACCAGUAAUAAUCCUCGAGUUAAAAAAUUUCUUGAAGCAGUUCCAUUUAUAAUGGGUACGAUUAAAAGUGUGCACACAGCUACGGUUAAAAAUGAUUUAGAGGCAUUCAGAGAUAAAAUUGCCGAUCCUGUCUCACCUGUAAUUCUCUGCAGUAAGGAUUCCAAUGGACUCAACGUUCUGCAUAAGGCUGCUGGGCUUGGUUACUUAGAAAUAGCACGUGAAAUAUUGGAAAGAUAUCCAGCUGCAGUUUUGGCGCAGGACAGCGAAGGAAAAACUCCAUUGCAUUAUGCAGCUGCAGUUAAGGAUUCUGGUGUCAUGUACGAUUUAUUGGUCGGAUAUGGCGCGGACGAGAGUAAAUUGGAUAACAGACAGAAAGCUCCUGCGUUCUACAAAAAUCGUCCAUCUGAUGUGGAUGUGACGAAUUUAGUCGUGAUACCAGAGGCGCCUAGGGUUUCCGGUACGAAUUAUCCAAAAAAUUGGGAUUGGAGGAUACUGGAAGCUGAAGAAGGUCUGCGUGGUACAAAAAAGGUUUUUAAUAACGUGGAUCUCGACAGCGCAUUCGGAACAGCCGAAGCAGCAACGAAAGUUAUGAAUGGAGCUAAAAAAAUACUGGCGAAUGAUCAUAAAGAAGACCCAAAGGACGACUUAGUUGAACGAAUAAAAUUAGCAGAUGCCGAAUUGGAGAAAAAACGAGCCGCGUUGAGUGAAAAAGCAGAAGCCAAAGAGGAACCAGAAGCAGAGCAAGAAAAAGAUGUUACCGAAGAAGAAGACGAAGAAGGAAAGUCAUCGGACGACGAUGUGGUCGUAACGACGAGCGAGAUUACCGAGGGAAAUACCGAAAAUAAUAAUACCAACGUAGAAGUCAACGCUGAUGAUUAUUCAACAUCAGAAAAUCUUUUGGGAGAACAAACCAACCCUGAGAACAAAGAAAAAAGUGAUCCAAGUACUGGUGAUUCCGGUGUGGAUGACCCCGGAAACGAAGAGGAUCAGGUCAUUGUGGGGGAGCACGAAGAAUUACCAGAAGCAGAAUUGAACGAGGGUAGCAUGGCUGUGGAUCCGGAAGUCGAGGAUCUUGUGGAGAACGGAAAUAUGGAACAAUUGGCAGCCCUCGUACUAAAUGGCGAAGGAAGACGUCUUGUUGGACGUCAUUCAAGUAAUCCUGAGUUACAAGCAUUCAUUGACAACGUGCCGGCAUAUAUGGGAAAAAUACAUGCGGUACAUAUCGCGGCCAGAGAAGGCGAUCUUCGAGAUUUACAAAGUGCCUUGGAUAGACGUAAAUUCGCUAUCGCACGCGACGCUUCGUCACCUCACGGUGCGACGCCAUUACAUGCAGCUGUAAUUUUCGGUCAUACAUCGAUAAUCAGGUACCUGGCUGGUAGGUUUCCAGAAACUGCUCACGCAAUUGAUCUGGACGGACGAACGCCAUUGCAUUACGCCGCAACUCUUGCGGAUAACGGUCAUUAUUAUAAUUUACUAUUGCAUCUCGGAGCUAAUCCACUGGUGCAAGAUAACUUUGAACAAAAGGCAGAGUUUUAUAAACACAAUCAGAAGGAUCUCUCGCACAAGAAACUCCUACGUGAUUUUGGGGCUCGUGAAAAUAUCGCCGACGAAAUGUUGACGGACAAAGUUCCCGGAGAAGACGUAUACUCGGCGCGUCGUGAUGUCACCGAACCUGAAACACUGGCGACGCUCGAGCGAUGUUACCGUCUCCUAGCAGGAGCACGACGAGACGACACACAGGUCGACAUCCCGAUAUUCCACACGGAAGAAGGUCGUUAUCUGGCUUCCUCUUUGGGGGAUCCGCUGAUAAAAGGAUUAACGGAAGUGGCCAAUACGCGGCCGAAAGAUCCUGUUACUUACCUGGCUACGUACCUUUAUAACUUUGCAAGUAAAAAUAAAAGCGGCGGAUCAACGCAGGAAUCCAAUGUACUAAUUAUUCCUGAACGCGCACAGGCAAACGGUGAUAAUCCAGAAAAUGACAAUCCUGAUGACGAUGCUGGUUAUCCUCAGAGUCCUGACUCAGACUCUCCCGAAUCGGCGUUCAGCAGUUCUAACAGAGACGAACAUGGACAGAGUAUUAUUCACUUUGCAGCAGUACGUUCCCACGCGAAGGAUGCUUUGUUUCAGUUACUCCAGGAAACCCAGGUGAACGUUGGCUACAGGGACGAGCUUUAUCGAACAGCGAGAGACGUUGCUGAACAAGCGAACAUUAGUGAAAAUGUUGAGGAAAUUGAUCGUUGGGUUGUUUAUUUAGCUGCUCGAGGAGAGACUGAAAAAUUGGUUGAACUUCUACUGGAAGGAUACGAUCACAUUCUGGACGCAGCAGAUGAUGGAGUAAAUAUUGUGGAAGUCGCCAGUCAACGUGAUCAUGAAUCAACAGUCCAAUUUUUACAAUCAAUUCCAAAUUAUGUGACUCGUCGCGAGGCGGUACAUCGCUCCAUUCGCUUUGGUGAUACAAAAUCAACAAUGGAACUUUUCUCAACCAACGGAAGUGGCGGGAAGUUGUUAGCAGUUGGAAAAAAUGUUGUUGGCCGAUGCUCUUUGCACAUUGCUGUGUUAGGACAACAUAUUGACAUUGCUCAGUAUAUCGUGCAAAUGUAUCCAGAGACAUUGCGUAUUGGAGACAACCUGGAACGAACGGCUCUUCAUUACGCGAUGGGUGUCACUUCUGUCGAAAUAUUGAGUAAUAUUUUAAUAAAGGCGGGUGCUAAGAGAGUAUUAAAAGAUUUGAAAGCGAGACAACCAACUUAUUACUUCAUGAACAAAUCCGAGAUACAGAAACUCCAAGACGAAGAGGAAUCGAUGAUGAAUUAAUAUUUGAUCUUGAACGAGGUACGAACGGAAUAAUUAAUUAUAGUACACAUAUGCAUAUAUUCAAUACGUAAUCAGUAUCGUAAUACAGCAUAUGGAUGUGAUACGUAAUUAGUGAUUAGUGAUUUUGAAGCAUGGCUGAGUUAGAGUACAAAGAAGACCGAGUGUAGCCAUAGAACCGACAGGAGAUUGAAUUGUUGAGAUGGAAAAUAAUUUUAAAAAAUGGAGCACGAGGAUAUACUCCAUUAUUAAAUAAUUUUUUCUGUAAACCGAUAUUUUCAUUAUCUCUAAAUAAAUAUACACUUUCGUGACAAUUCCUCAAGAGUUAGGUCCAACAUAAACGAUACAGUGUGUUACCUGUUUAUUGUUAAUAUUGUUAUACAGAGCAUAAGAUAUCGACGGACGUCUUGUUAAGUGCUACGAGCGUUUUUUUCUGGAGCAAAAAAAAUGAGAAUUUUUUAAAAUUGUUUCAAUGAGCAAUGCCCGUACACCUGUUAUGAAAUGAGCAAUAUUCAGGAAUCACCUUAAAUUGUAUUUAUAAAAUGUAUUAACCAAGUGGGGAUGAAGAUUCUUGAAAAUGAAUAUAUCAAAAAAAAAUCCCUAUAGUACAUAUAUAGGGUUCAUUCAUUAGAAAUACAAAAUGGACCUACGGA